CGAUUUUAAAGAAAAAAAGAUUGAAUAAAGAGAGAAAAGCCGAGUUUGUUCUAGUCACUCACGGAGAAAAAAAAAAUAUGGAGAACUCGUCGACUCUGAGAGAGUGGUUCUCGCGAGUUGACGCGGCCAAUACCGGAAACAUCACAGCGCCUCAGCUCAAGAGCGCUCUAGCUGUUGGAAACCUCGACUUCCCUCUCUCAGUUGUCCAGCAAAUGAUCAGGAUGUAUGAUUUUGAUAGGAAUGGGACUAUGAGCUUUGAAGAGUUUCUUGCGCUUAACAAGUUCCUCCUCAAGGUUCAACAAGCCUUCUCGGACCGUGAGAGGGGACGUGGCUAUCUUGUUACUGAUGAUGUGAAUGAGGCAUUGGUGAAAAUCGGCUUCUUGCUGGACACUCCUGCUUUCUACACAGUCUGUGAGAGCUUUGAUCAAAAGAAGAAAGGAAUGUUCAGACUAGAUGACUUCAUAUCUCUUUGUAUAUUUUUGCAGUCUGCUCGUAAUCUGUUUAAUUCAUUUGAUACAGCCAAGCAAGGCAGAGUGACUCUGGAUCUCAACCAGUUUGUCUACUGCACUGCCAAUUGCAGAAUAUGAAAUGCAGCAAUUACGCUGGACUCUCUGGAAUUCAAUUCCUCUGUUGUACUGCAUCCCACCAUUAUCCUCAUGGAUGUAAAUUAUCUUCAUAUGAAUUUGGCAUUUAGAAAAGGUUAUUGAUAAGAACUUUCACUUGUAAUACGAUACAUGCAGGAGAGUAGGAGUAGCAGAAAUGUUGGUGUAGUUUAUACUUUAUCUUGCUUCUUUCCGUCCUUGUUAUCCAUUUGUGCUCUACUUUUCUUCUUUGCUUGCA